AGACUUUGUGGAGAUUACACCUCAGACUAGUUUCAGUUAUAUGUAAGAGAAACUCACACAGUCACUGACACUGAGAGGAGAAAUGGCACAGAAAGGAGUUCAGCUGGACCGAGAAAUCUUCUCUUGUUCCAUCUGUUUGGAUUUACUGAAGGAUCCGGUUACUAUUCCCUGUGGACACAGCUACUGCAGGAACUGUAUUAAAACCCACUUUGAUGAAGAGGACAGGAAGGGAAUCCACAGCUGCCCUCAGUGUAGGAAGACUUUCAUACCGAGGCCUGUCCUGGAGAAAAACACCAUAUUAGCAGCUUUAGUGGAGCAGCUGAAGAAGACUGGACUCCAAGCUGCUCCAGCUGAUCACUGCUAUGCUGGACCUGAAGAUGUGGCCUGUGAUGUCUGCACUGGGAGGAAGCGGAAAGCCGUCAAGUCCUGUUUAUUCUGUUUGGCCUCUUACUGUGAGAAACACCUCCAACCUCACUAUGAUUCACCAUCAUUAAAGAAACACAAGCUGGUGGCCCCCUCCAAGAAGCUCCAGGAGAACAUCUGCUCUCGUCAUGAUGAGGUGAUGAAGAUUUUCUGUCGUACUGAUCAGCAGAGUAUCUGUUUUGUCUGCUCAAUGGAUGAACAUAAAGGCCAUGAAACAGUCCCAGCUGCAGCAGAAAGGACUGAGAAGCAGAAGGAGCUCGAGGUGAGACGACUAAACAUCCAGCAGAGAAUCCAGGAGCGAGAGAAAGAUGUGAAGCUGCUUCAAAGGGAGGUGGAGGCCAUCAAUGGCUCUGCUGAUAAAGCAGUGGAGGACAGUGAGAAGAUGUUCACUGAGCUGAUCCGUCUCCUCCAGAAAAGAAGCUCUGAUGUGAAGCAGCAGGUCAGAUCCCAGCAGGAAACUGAAGUGAGUCGAGUCAAAGAGCUUCAGGAGAAGCUGGAGCAGGAGAUCGCUGAGCUGAAGAGGAAAGACGGCGAGCUGGAGCAGCUCUCACACACAGAGGAUCACAACCAGUUUCUACACAACUACCCCUCACUGUCAGCACUCAGUGAGUCUACACACUCAUCCAGCAUCAAUAUUCGUCCUCUGAGCUACUUUGAGGAUGUGACAGCAGCUGUGUCAGAGACCAGAGAUAGACUACAGGACAUUCUGAGAAAGGAAUGGACAAACAUCUCACUGACAGUCACUGAAGUGGAUGUUUUACUGUCACCACCAGAGCCAAAGACCAGAGCUGAAUUCUUAAAAUAUUCACAUGAAAUCACACUGGAUCCAAAUACAGCAAACACACAUCUGUUAUUAUCUGAGGGGAACAGAAAAGUAACACGAAUGAAGCAACAACAGUCUUAUUCUGAUCAUCCAGACAGAUUUGCUGAUUGGUGUUUUCAGGUCCUGAGUAGAGAGAGUCUGACUAAACGUUGUUAUUGGGAGGUGGAGCGGAGAGGGGGAGAGGUUUGUGUAGCAGUCACAUGCAAGAAUAUCAGCAGAGUUGGGAGCCUCAAUGAAUGUGUAUUUGGAUUCAAUGACAGAUCUUGGGCAUUAUAUUGUUACACUAACAGUUAUCAGUUCUUGUACAACAGUGCACAAAUUGUCCUCUCAGGUCCUCGGUCCUCCAGAGUAGGAGUGUACCUUGAUCACAGAGCAGGUAUUCUGUCUUUCUACAGCGUCUCUGAAACCAUGACUCUCCUCCACAGAGUCCAGACCACAUUCACUCAGCCGCUCUAUGCGGGACUAUAUCUUUAUGGAGAUGGAGUCACUUCAGAAUUGAUUAAGGUGAAAUAGACAGAGAAGAUAUGUUCAUGUUGAUCCCUGACCAUUAUAUGUAGUUGUGUAAUUUCUAAAUGAGGCUUUACAUUUUAGACGGAGAAGUUCAGCUGUCCAUUUGUUCUGGAUUUUUUGAGGACAUAUAUUACAUAUAAUCAUGUAUGCUUGUACACAGUAGAUAUCCACACUGGAAUGUUUUUCAUAGAGGAUUUACCCUGCUAAGCAUUUAACUCUUAUAAUCAAACUCUAUAAGACUCAUAUACUUAAGUGAAAUAUUAUCCAUAUUCAUAUCAUAAGGCUGUGUCAUCUGUUGAAUGAUUACCUGUUCAUGCAUACAGUUUUGCUCUGUAAUUUAUUAAGUACAACUUAUAUGUAACUUUUGACAGAUUUAUAGACCAUGGUGACAGGUUAUGACAUACAGAUAGUCGAACUUGGCCCAUUGGAAGAUGCACCUGGUAUGACAGUCCAAACUGGGCCAACAAUCAUUAAGUUCAAACGUUUGAGCUCACUUUGGCCUUAACCCUGUAAAAAGGAGUCAUAAAAGUGAUGGACAAUAAGGAGGGGAAAGAAAGGCAGGGCAAGUUAUGUAACACAAGUAUUGAAUAUCAGAAACACAACAACGUGGGUAAAAAUUGAUGCAUUGGAGUGAACCAGUGAUUUAAUCCAUAAUUGUUGUAAUAUCAACAUUUGCAAAGUUGGCAAAAUACUUGUACUAGUUUAAACUUAAAACUAAAUCAGUGAAAGGACAAGGAAUGGUAAAGUUACUCAGCAGCUGUUUGUUGUCUCCUAUUACAGGAAGGUCAGAUAUGACCCCACUAGCUUUUUCUUUUUGUUACUUUGUGUGUCUCUACUGAUUGUGCUUAAAGGCUCUACACCCUGGCCUUUGCUUUGUUUGUUUUGCCGUGUGUUGUCUUCUUGUUUUGUGUAUUGUGAUGUACUGUUUUGCUGUUCAUAUAACUCUGUUUAAAGAACCCUGUUUCAAGAAUUCUGCUCCUUUGCAGAGAGAAAAAAAAUUUGAGUGACUUGAUUUUAAUUCAAUCUAAAAAGCUGAAUCUCCACACCAUUGGCCGAAUAUCACGUUAUCACGUUGGCUUUAAAAUUGCAACCCACCACAUUGAUGUGUGAAAAUAAUAUUGCACUGAUUCAAACUGUACUUACAUUUAUAUACCUUACAUCAAUAUAAAUCUGAAUUUGUUCUUAUGGCUGAUAAUCAUGUGAGUUUAAAUGAUACUACUCUUCAUAUUCAGCAUGUUUGAAAUCUGUCAUCAGUCUGGUUAGUGCUUUUAUUCUGUAGUUGCUGUAGUGGGUUGUCAAAUGCAACAAUAUAUUGGAGCUGCAGUGAUUCAUCAGUUAGUCAAUGAUUAGAGAAUUGAUUGUUUUAUCAUUAUUUUAGUCACAUUUAAAGCUGGUUCCAGUUUCUGAAAUGUGAAGAUUGUUGAUUUUCUUGAUCAUAUGUGACUGUAAACUUAAUGUCUUUGAGUUUUUAAAUGUUCCAAUGUAGUAAGAUUUGAAUCCUUGAGGUUUUUGAUAUUGCAUUAUUAUUUUGUCUAGAAUGAUGACAUUUAAUGUCAUUUUUUGGGAUGUAAAGUUUGAUCACACUCGAUCAUUUAUACAUUGAAAUAUAAAUACUAAAUAACACAGGCCUGUAUAUUGUGGAGGAUUGACAUGUUUCUUGCCCUGAGCUGUGUCUGGCAGGCAGAGCGUCUCCACAAAUCUGAUGCUUCUGAUUUGGAGAAAAUGAGCUGAGGGAGACACCUGGUGGACAAACACAGACAUGACAAGAAGAAAGACUAAAGUGCAGAGUGGAGACAAACAGCUGGAAAUACUUGUUGGAAAGGAUUGUCAUGCUUCAGAAAAACACACAGCACACACUCUAACAGUCCUUUAUUUGCACUGAAGGAGACACGUGAAGAAACCAAAUCACACAAUAAUGAAGUGAACACAUUUAUAGUCAGUGUUCAAGAUGAUGGAUAGAAAUGAGAAUCGUGGAGCAUUUAUACAUUUAUAGGUCUGUGACUUACAGCAGAAGCAGCAUUCACAUGAAUUCACCAACUGUUUAUUUCUCUGUUAUUCUGAUUAAAAUGUCAAAUAAAUAUAUUUUCCACUUUUGUGGCAGGAAUUUCUCGGUCCUGCAUGUCGAGAAAUCUGCUGUUAAAUCAGAACAUUAACAGACUUCAGAUUGUAUUCAAAGACAUGUUACUUUGUAUCAUCUGUCAGCAGGCAUGUGUUAACAGGGACUAUCAGACAGUUUAGUGGUAAGGAGAAAUAUUAAUCGGAUUGGAAUCCACAAUUCCCCAAAACAGGUUAUGUAUACAGUUAAUGAAACUAAAAGAAA